AGAGUCUUCUCUUGUAAUGUCUUAUGAGAACACAGGAAAGGGGAUUUCUGACCAUUCCUUUAUGCCGAAUCUCUCCAGAUCUUGCAGAGUCCUGGGCUUUCUCUUGAGCUCAACCCACAGGCUUUCAGUAGGAUUUAUGUCAGGGGAAUGGGCUGGCCAUGGCAAAAGCUUGAUUUUUUUGUUCAUUUUACCAUUUUGUGAGUGGAUUUUGAUUUGUGCUUUGGAUCGUUGUCCUGGUGAAAGAUCCAACCAUGACCAAGUUUUAGCUUCUUGGCAGAAGUAGUCAGAUUUGGAUUUAAAAUCACCUGGUACUUCCUGGAAUCCAUAAUGCAAAGUAUGCAAAGUAUGCGUCUUUGGAGAAGAAACAGCCCCAUAACAUCACAGAUCCUCCAAGCUUGAUAUUAGGUGCUUUUCUCUGUAGCCAUCUUUAAUUCUACGCCAAACCCACCUUUGGAGUCAAAGAGCUACAUUUUUGUUUCGUCUGACCCCAGCACCCUGUCCUAGUUCAAGUUCCAGUGGCGUCCCGCAAAGUCCAAGUGCUUUUUACUUGUGAUGAAAAGAGCUCUGGACACGUGUCAAAAGUCAUCCGGAGGAUCGUGACUUGUUGAACCUGGACCCUGAUGCUGCACCUGACGGCCUCCAGCAUUUGAGGGACGACUGACUCACGAGGCAUUACAUCUUUUCUGAGGCCAUUUUCCUGAUUUGCUUUCCUUUCUCCUUCAGCUCAGAAUGUGCUGAGGAAAGACACCACAGUUUUUGCAUUACAUGCUCGGUGUGGAUAGCACUAAUAAUGACUUAUGAUAUUUGAUUUUUUUUUUUUAUCUAAACCUGAAAUCAUGUGAUCUUAUUUUGGGAUACCAUAAUUUCUCUGUGAGCACCGGCUUGCAGAGUUCUACCCUAGAUCCACCAUCAGACCUCCGCAGCAUGUCGUCCCUCCAUGCCUGUUGGAAUCCAAGUCUGAAGCGGACCAGCAGUACCACAGUAUUACCUGGAGUUUUUUGAAAACUAGGAAAAUAGUGUGUGACUGUGCGUCAAAAGAAACACGCUUGAUUAAUCCAGAAUGGAUUAUACCUCUGAGGAAAGCUUAAUAGCUGGUAUUUCCACAGCUAUACUAGGACUCAAAUUCGACUGUGUGCCUUUUAACAUAACCGCCAUAUGGAUCUGAGCUUUUCUAAUCUGAUGGCACCAGAUAUGGUGUCACCCUUCUGAAUAUUCAGUAUUGGAAAUAGAGAAUGUGAAACAAACUCUAUUGGGCACUUGUAUUUAUUGGGGCAUGGAGAAGCCCACUUACCUUUCAGCUGAUGUUUUUCUAUUACCUCCAUAUUGGACAAAUUUGAAUCCUGUUCCUUUUCCUGUUUUGUGCAACUGUGAAGCACUUCCUUCCUGAGCAUAGUGACCCCCAUAGUGUUGGAGGUGUGAAUCGAUCUUAGAUGUCUAAGGGCUGCUCUCUGGUGGAUUAAGACCGACUUCGGUAUCAACAUUGCAGUUGAAGGUCUCCAAGGAAACAACAACUUCAGCUGUUAAACCUCAGGAUGUUUUAAUCGAUUCAAUUCUUCAACAUAAUUGUAGUCAAGAGUUUGGAGGACAAGGCAGGAGAGGUUUUGUGGGGCCAUAGACCAGGCCAAAGGUCAUGGCAGAGCACGGCGAGUUGCUUGCAGAAAUGGCAACUAUUGGGCGUCUGUCUGCUACGGAGCGUCUCAAGCACGCUCAGAAGCGCCGCGUUCAGCAGCUGAAGGGCUGGGCUCAAAUGGAAAAGGAGGGUGCCCGGGUGGGUAAGGCGGCACAGAAGGCAGACAAGACCAAGAAGAAGGACAAGGAGCAAGGCCGGAGGGUCAUCUUCCCUAAUAAUAUCACCCUACUAGAGUCAGCUGCACGCAAUGACUUGGAAGAAGUGAGGGAACUGCUGAAAAGUGGAGUCAGUCCAGACCUGGUCAAUGAGGAUGGGCUCACAGCAUUGCACCAGUGUUGUAUAGAUGACUUUGAGGACAUAGUGCGGUGUCUGCUGGAGGCAGGCGCCACUGUGAACGCCUCUGACAGCGAGCUGUGGACCCCGUUACACGCUGCUGCCACCUGUGGACAUACUGGCCUGGUGCAGCUGCUGGUGCAGGCUGGGGCAGAUGUGCUAGCGGUUAACGCUGAUGGAAACAUGCCCUAUGACCUCUGUGAGGACGAAGCUACUUUGGAACUCAUUGAGAUGGUCAUGGCAGAGCGAGGCAUCACACAGGAGCGUAUUGAUGAGUGCAGAGGAGCGAAGGAGAGGGAGAUGCUGGCGGAUGUUCAGGCACUGAUAGACAGUGGAGGAGACCUGAGCUCAAGGGACGAGCAUGAGGCCACAUUGCUGCAUGUUGCGGCCGCCAAUGGGUAUGUGUCAGUAGGGGAGCUUCUACUGGAGCACAGGUUCCCUAUGGAAGAGAAGGACAGCGAUGGCUGGACGCCACUCCAUGCUGCCGCCUGCUGGGGACAGCUUCAGAUGGUGGAGCUGUUAGUGGCGCACGGGGCCAACCUGAGCGCCAAAUCAGUCCUGGAGGAGACGCCCCUGGAUGUUUGCGCAGAUGAGGAGGUGAGGGCCAAGAUGAUGGACCUGAAGCACAAACACGAUGCCAUCAUGAAGAGUCAGGAUCGACAUAAGGGCUCCUUACAGAGACGAGCCUCCAGCACCAGCAGCAGAGGAAAGGUUGUGCGGCGUGUGAGUGUGAACGAGCGCUCCAGUCUGUACCGAAGGGAGCAUCGUAAAGAGGCUAAGGUGUGGCAGGAGCGAGGCCGGGAGCCUGAGCCUCCCGACGACGAUGAGGACAGACAGACAGAUGCUGAGCUCAACCAGCAUCCAGCGAUGGCGUCGAGCUCCGCUGCAGGGUUGCAUGGCCAGGAUGGGGAGCGGCUUAUAGAUUCUGGGGUACUUGGGAACGGAGGAGCAGCCACCUCCCUGUCCUCCUCUGUGCCUGGAGAGUUCCGUGGAGGGGGCCGCAUGGACCGCAGCGCGUCCUACCAGCUGACACCCCCGUCAGGUACCGUGUUGGGUGAAGGUGAUCGAGCGGACAGCAUGUCUCGGGAAAAGUCCCACCAAACGCUAGCCGAACUCAAGAGGCAGCGGGCGGCCGCCAAGCUCCAUAAACACCCCGCCCCUCCUCCACCUUUGACCCCGCCCGCCGAGGAGGAAUCUGUCCCUGCUUCUUCCGACCCCACACUUCCAGAGACACAGGAAGGGGUGGGGCAUCAGGAGGAAGUGAUCUCACCCAACACUGUUUACUUCACACCAGCCAGCGGGGACCCGCCCCUCCUCAAACUCCGCGCACCGGAGGAGGAUUCGCCCAAUACCAAGGAGCCCUGCUGUGGUCUCAUGUAGAAGGAGAAAUGGCACAGACACAAGAGCUCGGAGUGCGCACACAAUGUGCAUGAGCUUUAGAACAUUUUUUGUCGAUUUUGUUAAAUUGAUAAGCCUUGCUGAAGCACAGCACCAUAGAC